AUGCCUGGAAUUUUUCGCGAUGCACCAUUCGGCCAGAUCUGUCGGAUGGUGUUAGGCCCUCAAGUCUUUCCAUAUCCUGACGAGAAAGAGGGUUUCCAGUUUCCAGUGCCGGAGUCCGAAAAGAAGAAGAGCGUCUCAAUACAUGGGGAUGUGGAGAGAGCCGAGCCGGACGAGAAUUCGCUUUCCCCUCCAUCCGGGUCUGAGUCCGAGUCUAAGUCUGAUCACCAGAGCGUGAGCUGGUACAGCGACGGCGACCUCGAAAAUCCUCAGAUGUGGUCGACGGCAAAAAAAACAUUUACGUUUUUCCAGAUCUGUCUCCUAACUUUCUCAGUAUAUUCCGGAUCGGCAAUCAUCACUCCAGCCCAGCCCGUCUUUAUCCAUAUUUUUGGUGUCUCGGCUCAGGAAUCAUCGUUGAUGCUAUCGAUGUAUGUUUUGGGAUAUGGAGUAGGGCCGUUAUUCUUCAGUCCGAUGUCAGAAGUCCCGCGCUUGGGACGGAAUAUUCCCUACUUUGCAUCAUUUACCCUAUUUAUAAUCAUCACUGCGGUCACGUCCCGGGUGUCCAACUUUCCCGGGCUCGUCGUACUCCGGUUCCUGCAGGGUUUUCUCGGCGGCCCAGUUCUCGCAACGGGGGGAGCAUCAGCCGCAGAUAUCUUCUCAUUCCCGAAGAUCUCAUACGGUCUGAUCUUCUGGGGUGGUGCUGCACUUGCCGGGCCAGCGCUUGGUCCGCUUUUGGCUGGGUUCUCGGUGCCACUGACCACUUGGAGGUGGUCGAUGUAUGAGCUACUUAUUCUGUGUGGCUUCAGUUGGCUUCUACUAUUCUUUUGCUUGCCGGAAACCAACGCUGAUUUCAUUCUCCUGAAACGCGCCCAGCGCCUACGGAGGUCAACCGGUAAUGAGAAGCUGAGAUCAGAAUCGGAAAUCAAGCAAGGGAACCUGCAGUUUCUGAAUCUGCUGGGUGGGUAUCUGACUACGCCGUUUUUGGUCAUGCUACGGGAUCCGUCCAUCGCUUUUAUCAAUCUCUAUACCGGUCUGAUUUAUGGUAUUUUCUACUCUUUCUUCGAAUCGUUCCCCAUUGUUUAUACGCAGAUUUAUGGCUUUUCUGUUGGAAUAACGGGGGUUAUAUUCCUCUGCGUGAUUAUUGCCUUCAUAUUUGGUGGUUCUACAUACCUUUGCCUCACCAAGUUCCAUUACGAGCCAUAUACCCUAAAAUAUUUCGUUGGUUCUCCAGAGCAUCGACUUCUACCCGGGGUCUUUGCAGCGUUCAUUGCACCAUUUGGAAUCUUUAUUUUUGCCUGGACUUCACGGGAGGACAUAACUUGGGUUGCACCUACCAUUGGGAUCGUUCUUUACUUGUCAUGUGUCUUCAUACUCACCAUGUGUAUCUUCAUUUAUCUCCCUAUGAGCUAUCCCCGCUACGCUGCAAGCCUCUUUGCUGCAAAUACUUUCCUUCGUAGUGCCGUGGCAUGCGGAGCUAUACACUUCUCGCAACCUCUUUUUAACAAUCUCGGUAUUGGAAAGGGGUGUAGUGUUCUCGGCGGGUUGACUUUUGGCUGCUUUUUCGGUAUUUUUGCGAUCUGGAAGUACGGUGACAAAUUGAGAGCCAGAAGCACUUUCGCUCAAGUCUAUUGA